GAAUACCGUAAUCUCAGUUGGCGGAUACAGUUAGCGCAUAAAUUACAGUAUUACAGUACAAUACAGUACGAUACAGUACCAAAAUUGGAUUUAGUCUUAUCACAGUUGCGUCGUUAUCACAGUUGCGUUAUCACUGUUAUCAGUGCUUAUCAGUGCUCUUUGAUGAGUUUCAAAGCUCCAGGUUUAGUUGAGUUGGAGGAUUACGGUAAGAUUACGGUAUUGGCGAGUUACGGUAAAUUUGGCAGUGCUAAACCGAUUUCGGGUAAAGUUCGGGUAAAGCCGGGUAAUAAUGAACCGACUUUAGGUAAUAUUGAGUGGAAUUGGGGUGAUUGGGGUGGAUAUAUUAACGAAUUUGAGCUUGAACUUAGGCUUAAGGUAGCAUUUAAAGAUGCGAGUAACGGUAAAAUUAACGAUGCAGGUAACGAUAUAAUUAACGGUAAAAUUAACGGUACAGGUAACGAUAUAAUUAACGGUAAAAUUAACGAUGCAGGUAACGAUCUAGGUAACGAUACAAUUAACGAUACAGGUAACGAUCUAGGUAACGAUACAAUUAAGGAUACAGUCAAUGAUCUAGGUAACGAUACAAUUAAGGAUGCGAGUAACGGUAAAAUUAACGAUACAAUUAAGGAUACAGUUAGCGAUCGAGGUAACGAUACAAUUAACGAUACAGGUAAAUUAGCGGUAAUUAACGAUAUAAUUAACGAUACAAUUAACGAUUUGGAUUCACGACCUCAUCAACACAACACAAAAAACCACAAGUGGGAUUGCAGUGGAAUGCAAUCGAGUUUAGACUUGAGGUUGGGAUUAAGAUUAAGAUUGAGGUUAAUUAAGAUUAAGUUAAGAGAUGCAGUGAUAAAAGGCCGUGAGGAGCUGGUGAGGCAGCCGGUGGCAAUUUGGGCUCCGGAGCGGAGCCUUAGUGCUGAAACGGUUGCCGGAGUGGAGCCGGGCUGA